AUGGACUCCGACUGCGUCGUGGGGCUGCACCUGUCCUCGACCGUCGUCCGGGAUCCGUACAUCCACCCGGCGGCUCAUGAAGGCACCUGCGCUGCCUUCUUCCUUGUCGGUAUCGGCAUGUGGCUGACAGCGCUGGUGCUUCGCUUUGCGCCUGUAUCAGCUUCCCCAAAGCUUCGAAAAGCCUUGACUGCCGCUUGUCUACUUCGUGGCAUCGGCUAUCUACUGGAGGGAGUCGCGCAUGUUGCCUUCAACCAGCGGGAUGGCCUCGCUCUUGCUUUGGGUGGCCGAGCCGUGGUGGUGGUUUCCCUGUUCUUUUGGCUUACACUUGCCACUGGACUGGCGGAAGUAGUUUGGGAAGGGAUGCACAUCCUCUGGUUGACGUCAUGGCUGAUGUCGUUCUUGUUUCUGCCAGGGGUUCUCUCGUGUCUCUUCUUGUUUUCCCAACACAGCACUACAGUGGCUAUGUCUGCAGCGGGUGUCGUUGACUUCUACUGGGCUUGCAUGUGGGCUGGCGUGGCGAGAACUUCUUGGAUCCGGGGGGGCGUUGCGAAUGGGCCCGCGGCCGGUAUGCUCGUACUGGCCGCCUCGGGGUCUUUCUUCCAAGCUGCCACAGAAAACUUAUGCGGCCCGCCGGCGCACGCCGAUUGCUACAAGGACUGCUUCAUGAAUGGUGGUGGCUGGCACAGUUUUAUGGGAUCUUCCCUGUGCUUGUUGGGCCACCUGUUCUUCGUCGGUUUCUGGCUUCUCGAUGCUGUCCCGAUGGAUGUCCAGUGGCCACCAAAAGCAUGGGAGCAUUUCAUCGGAAGCAAAGCAGGCGAUAGCCAGGGAGAGGUGGAGCCGGCGACGCUGCCCCCGGGCGCCGACUGA